CCGAAGUGUCCCUCCGUGCGUGUGUGCUUGGCGAAUGUGUAAUCUUAAUGCUUCUCUUUGUCCAGAUGAAAUAGCUGGGUAAUGUUGUCGAGGUCAGUGCGACGCUCACAUAUCGGAGUGUACUGCUAGCUACCUGCGUUUCCCUGUUCGCGAAGCUCUCGUAGACCACACUUCAGGCAGAUCACCUUGGCGUGUGUGUGUGGGCGAUGGCGGCGCUGUGUCGAGCUCUCGGAGUGUCUGCGCCGCUUGCGCGUCAGAGCCUGCUGGAAGCUGCACCGUGGCCACUGCGCGUAGUCUGUCGCAGCAAGUUUACGAAGUCUCGCAUUCCUCCAGAGGUAUUUGAAGAGCGAUCCAAGGAGCAUGAGAAGUAUGGUGGUAAUCCAGAGCAGCCGCAUAAACUACACAUAGUGACCCGGGUCAAGAGCACAGUGAGGCGCCCUUACUGGGAAAAGAAGGUGGUUAAGAGUUUGGGAUUAUUGAAGUCACACGAGCCCAGGGUACACAAGAACACACCGUCAGUGAACAGACAGCUGAAAAUCAUUAAACAUCUUGUCAUGAUUCAGCCCUUAAAGCUUCCGGAUCAACUACCAUCAGAAGAAGAACUGGCAGACUCCUACCUGAACAGUAAAGGAGAGCUGAUGGUGAGACGACCUGAAAAGCCCGUGGAACAAAACAGCUGAGUCAUAGCUGUCAUGUUUGCUGUCUCAGUCGUGCGUUAUUGACUGUUUAUUAAAUAUUUCAAAUGAAUAUAA